AUGGAUAGUGUACUGGACAAGAUUAUUGCACUUUGUACUGAUGCAAAAACCAAGUUGGGUGAUUACAACAAAUACAAGACCACAAUGUCACUUGCAACAGACAGUACACAAUCAAUUGAAGAGCGAGAUAAGAUGAUAAAAUCUUUUCUUGACAACUCCACAGAAAUAUCAACAUGUUUUGAAUCUACACAAAAAUCGUUAGAAAGUCUCAACUCUACUCUUGCCGAACUCUCCACAGUUUUUGCUUCUGAAUUGUCACAGUGCCAAAACAAAACAUACGAAUUCAACAAAACUGUUGAUCUUAUGAAAAGUAUUGAAGAAGAGAAAUAUAAAUCGAAACUGAGUGAAUUAAGUAAAAUGACUAAACCUGAUGUUUCAAAAGAUAAAAACACAAUAAAAUUCGAGACUUUUCUAUCACAAUACAUCACCCCAAUCGAACGACAAAAAUUGGAAGAAUGGACUGGUCUUAAAUUCCAAAAAGUGCUUUUUGAUAGCGAAGUUGAUAAUUUCUCACAAGACAAAUCAACUUUUGGCAAAAAGAUAUCAAAACAGCAAUUUAUGUGUUUUGUUGUUCGUAGCGAGAACAAACGCACUUUUGGAGGUGUUGUUUACAAUAUGAUCAAUUUUGAACAAUAUAAAGACUCUUCUGUUGUUGAUCCAAACGCCUUUGUAUUUAACUUGGACGGGGAGAAGUCCGAGAGAUAUCUUGGAAGAGGCAAGAACAUUGAUUAUGCACUUCAUUUGGAAGCUAUUGAUGAUCCCAAUGAACUCUUUAGUUUAUGUGGAAAUGCCAUAUUUGUUCAAAAGAAGGGAAUUCUGAGGGGAAGCUGUGCACCAAGUAUUGAUAAUAUGCCCUAUGGAAAACUGUGUGGUGGUGACAAUUUUAAAUUGGACAAAUUUGCAGUGUUUAAAUUGGCAAUGAUUUAA